ACACACACACACACACACACACACACACACACACACACACACACACACACACAGUCUCUGGGUUUGAGUUCUUUCCCCGGUCAGGGAGAAUCCCGAGAGCUCGGCGUGCUGGUCGGAGGGAGGGAGGGGCGGAAGUGGAGGAAGUGCGCGGCCAGAGUGGGGAUGUGUCGAAGCGGCCGUGCAAGCGAGCGAGCGAGCGGGCGCUAACGUUACGUUCUCCGCGAGGCGUAGGAUUAACGGAACUACCUCGGGACAGACGGACAACUGAGCGAUCAAACUAACGGGAGGUCUACACUCUUCGUCAUCGACCCAUCUGGCAACACGUAGCCUGUGCGCACAGAACGCACACAAACAGUCGAAAACAUCCACACUCUGAAAGUGCGCGGCCCAGACACACAGACACACUCACACACAUUCAACACACACACUGCAUUAUGCACGCGGACUGCAGGCUGGUAUGGACGCGUCGGUAAUGGUGGGGAGAGGAGCCGGUGGGGCCACUGAUCUCUUCGUCCUCGCGAUCGGCAUCCUCUUAAGCGCCAGAAGUUCGCGAGCACAGAAAGGUGACGGCUGUGGUCACACCGUGCUGGGCCGCAGCAGUGGGAGUGUGUCGUCGCUGGGUUACCCCCAGUGGCUGCGCAGCGACAGUGUGUGUGAGUGGGAGAUCAGCGUGGACGCCCAGCACAGUGUCCAGAUCCACGUGGCCGACCUGCACGUCCAGCCCCACGACUGCCAGGUCACCUACCUCCGAAUCUACAACGGCACCGGCCCACACAGAUCAGAGCUAGUGAAGCUCUGUGGGAAGGAUCUGCAGAUUCCUGAGCUGAUUCGUUCCCACGGUAACCAGGUGACUAUCCAGUUUAUGAGUGGACCACACAGCAGUGGGCGGGGCUUCUUCCUGUCCUACUCCACUGAGGAGCACCCAGACUUGAUUUCCUGUCUGGACAAAGGAGUGAACUUCACUGAGGCUGAAUUCAGUAAGUUCUGUCCAGCUGGCUGCCUGACUGGUUUUGGGGAAGUCUCUGGCACUGUGCCACAUGGCUACCGAGAUUCCUCAGUGUUGUGUCUGGCUGGUAUUCAUGCUGGCGUGGUGUCCAAUGAGGAGGGGGGACAGAUCAACGUGGUCAGCAGCAAAGGCAUCCCUCAUUACGACAGCACACUGGCCAACAACGUCACCUCUGUCACUGCUGCACUGUCUCCCAGUCUCUUCACCUUCAAGACCAGCGGUUGCUAUGGCACCCUUGGUCUGGAAUCGGGUGUGGUCAGAGACACACAGUUGUCUGCCUCCUCUGUUUGGGCUUGGCACCAUGGCAACGGCCUAAGCGAGGAGAGUGACAGUGGAGAUGCCCAACCACAGUGGGGGGCCACGGGGGUCCGCCUUAAAAAGGCGGGGUUUCCAUGGGCAGCAGAUGAUGCUGACCAACAGCAGUGGAUCCAGGUGGACCUGAAGAGAGAGAAAAGAAUCACAGGCAUCAUCACCACUGGCUCCACCCUCCCAGAGUACCAGUUCUACGUGUCGGCCUAUCGCGUGCUCUACAGCCAUGACGGACAGGACUGGAGCACCUAUCAGGAUGCCAACUCCAUGCAGGAAAAGAUUUUCCAAGGCAACACCAACUAUUUCCAGGAAGUGCGCAACAACUUCAUCCCACCAAUCGAGGCGCGGUACAUGAGGAUAAGUCCCGCCCAGUGGCACCAGAGGAUCACGCUGAAGCUGGAACUACUGGGGUGCCAGCCCCCUACAGUGUGGCCACGAGUCUACAACCCGGCUCCGCCUCCCCCGAGACUCAGCACUCGGCGCCCUCUGCUGGAGCUCAGCACACACACACCCGAGAUCCGCAACAACACCAUGCCCCCACACACAGGACACGACGUUGCCCUAGCAGCAGUGCUGGUGCCGGUGUUGGUGAUGCUACUGACUGCUCUGCUUCUGACGGUUGUGUGCAGCUGGCAUUGGAAGAACAGGAAGAACCCUGAGGUCACCUAUGACCUGCCACACUGGGAUCGCACAGUCUGGUGGAAGAGCAUGAAGCAGCUGCUCCCCUCUAAGCUGGCGGAGGGGGACGAGUGCGUCAGGUACAGCAGCUCCAGCGAGGUCAGCCGUCUCCGCGCCAACCAGGGGAUACACACUGAACCCGCAGAGUACGCCCAGCCUCUGGUUGGCGGGGGUAUGACCUCUCUAGGGGUCAGGUCGACCUUCAAGCCAGAGGAAGGGGAGGAGCCUCCCUACGACUCACCUUUGACCCCUGACCUCCUGUGCCACGCCUACGCCGAGCCCCUGCCCGCCUCCGGCGCCGAGUACGCCACCCCCAUCGUGAUUGACAUGGCCAACCACCAGUCAGGAGGGCCCGUGGUGUUUGUGGGGCGGGCCCACCUUGCACGGACAGACAGUGGCCAGUCAGCAGGCUCCCUCUAUGACACGCCCAAAACCACGCCCGGUCAGGCCACGCCCAGUGAGGGACAGGCCUAUCAGGUGCCACAGAACAGCUCCCAGAAUGCAUCU